AUGGCAAAUCAAAACCCAAGACCAAUUUUAAAGGGCACAAAAUCAAAUUUUACAUUGGUACAUAAUAUAGGAAAUGUAUCGGAUGAAAAAGUUAAAGAAUAUUUAAAAACAGAAAUAUUAGUCAAAGAAUGGAUUGAAGAAGUAUUACAAAUUAAAAUUAAAGAGAGUUUAUCUGAUGCUUUGAAAAAUGGUAUUGUUUUAUGUUAUUUAGCAAACGCCAUUCAAGAUAAUAUUGUACCAACUAUCACAGAAAAAUCCAGAUUAGGAUUAGAAUUUAAAAAAAAUAUUGAUUUCUUUUUAUUAGCAUUAAAAGAUUUAGGAUUUCCAAAACAAAAAUUAUUUAAAUUAAAUGAUUUAUAUGAAGGAGAGAGUAUAGUCAGAGUUGUUGAAUGUUUAUCACAAUUAUCAAAAUUUGCAUGCCAACAUAAAGGAUAUCAAAUUCCAAUGAAAUUAACACCAACAUCAACACAACCAAUUAAAUUACCAGUGGGUGAACAUUUAAAUCAUUUGAAAUUACAAUUAUCACAAAUUAAAGAGUAUACCAUGGAUAAAUCAAAUUCAAAUCAGCCUCGAAUGGGUACAGCAGUCUUGAAGGCUAAAAUGGCAUUAUUAGCUGGUAACUCUAUUGAUUUUGCUAAAUGUGAAAGAGGUUUCAUUAAAUUUCAAAGUUUAUGGAGAGGUUUUAGAGUUAGACAAUUUGUUAAACAUAUGAAACGUGAAGUUGCAUAUAGAGAAAAAGUUAUACAAGAAAUUUUAAAAACUGAAGAAGAUUAUGUUAAAAAUUUAAAUAUUUGUAUUAAAGGAUAUAUGGAACCAUUGGUUAGUAGAGAUGUAAUUACAAAGGAUCAACAAAAGUUAAUAUUUUCAGAUAUUCAAAUCAUUUAUAAUUUUGGUAAUAAAUUUUUGGAUCAAUUGAGAAAUCGUUGUGGUAAUAAUUGGAGAGUUUAUCAAAAGAUUAGUGAUUUAUUUUUACAGAUUUCAGCAUUUUUAAAGGUUUAUACAAGUUAUGUUCAAAACUAUAAUACUGCAUUGGAGACAUUGGAAGAGUUGAAGAAAAAAGAUAAACAAUUCAUUCAGGUUUUAAAUGAACAAAAAGAGUCUCAACAAAUUAAUGGAAAAGAUAUAACUUCAUUUUUAAUUCAACCAGUUCAACGUGUACCACGUUAUUAUUUACUUUUGACCGAUUUGGUGAAACAUACUUGGGAAGAUCAUCCAGAUUUGAAACCAUUGGUUGGUGCCGCUGAAAAGAUUAAAGAUGUGGCUGCCUUUUUAAAUGAACGUAAAAGGGAGGGUGAAAACUUUCAAAAGUUUACAGAGAUUCAAUCAAUACUCGUUGGUAAAGUACCACAAUUAUUCACUCCAUCACGUCGUUACAUAAAACAAAUCUCAUUCAAUCCUACUAAAAAACAUGAAAUUAUGGUUUAUCUAUUUAAUGAUUUAAUUGUUUAUGGUAAAGUUAUGAAAGGUAUUUUUAGUGGUGGUGGCGGUGGUAGUGGUGGUGGUGGCAAUAAUAAUAGUAACACUGGUGGUGCUGCAGGUGGUAGUCAAUAUAGUAAUUAUAAUAAUAACAAUAAUAACAAUACCACUAUCAAUGAAAAUAGAAAAGUUAAAUAUCAAGGUAUGAUAGAGUUGGUAACUUGUGUUGUGGUUGAUGAUAGUCAUCCAUCACCAUCAAGUCAUUUGGAUAUUCGUUCAAACGAUAAGGAUAACCUCUUAUUGUUAACAAUUAUCUCAAAGAAUGAAACUGAAAAAAAUAAUUUAAAAAUUGAAAUUAAUAAAUUAAUUAGUAAUAUUCAUGAAAAUCAAAGAUCAAAAGAACAAAAAAUAAUAGAAAAUUCUUCAAAUAAUAAUAAUAAUAAUAAUAAUAAUAAUAAUAAUACUGCAGUAGAAAAUAUACCAGAGCCAACGAUCGAACAACAAUUAUCUGAAAGAAAGAAAAUUAUGAAAAGAGUUGAGUCAAAUAGUAUUAAUUCAACUGCCACCACAACUGCUACUACUACCACCACUACAACAAAUACAAGUAUAAAUACAAAUACAACAUCAACCACACCAAUUAACUCACCAUCACGUAAUAAUAGUAGUAAUAACAUAAACAUCGUACCACCAACAUCUCCAGAGCAACAACAAUCAAUACCAGUUAGUUCAUUUAUAAGCUCAUUAUUUAAUAAAAAGAAAUCAUCAUCAUCAUAUAAUGCUACUUUAUCACCAAAUAAAGUGGAAAAUAAUACACCUAUAUCAGAUUCAGAAAGUAGCGGCAAUACAUCACCUCAAUCACCAAGUUCAUCACCAACAACAACAACAACAACAUAUGUUGAUGAAUCUGAAAAAUCAAGUCCAAAAACUUCAAGAAAAAAGAAAGCACAAUCAAUUUCUAUGUCACCAACUAAUACACCAACAACACCACCACCACAAUCUGAAGAUACCAAUAAUAGUAAUGAUAGUAGUAGUAAUAAUAAUAAUGCGGAAAUACAAGAACCACCAAAAGAAAAAGGUAGACCAAGAUCAAAAUCAACCUCACGUUUAUCAAGAAUAACAGGUGUUUUAACAUUAAGAAAAAGAAAAACUCAAUUAGUUGAUGAAUCUCAAAUUCCAACUAGUGAUGACGAAGGUCAAACAUCUCCAACAUCUCCUUCCAAAUCUUCGAUUGAUUUAUCACAAUCACAACAUAAUCCAACCCCACAUUCUUCAUCAUCGUCAUCAUCACAACAAGAUGAUUCUUCUUUGGCAUCAUCAAUUUCACCAUUAUCAAUUUCUACACCAAAUCCAAUUCCAGUUACAGCCUUAGCCUCUACCACUACUACUACCGCUACUACUAAUAAUAGCACCACCUCAAAUACUGCAUCACCAAAUUCAUCAGCAACAACUCAUCGUUUAUCCUCAUCAUCAACUAAUCUUUCAACAAACAAUAACGAGUGCGAACCUUCAAAUAAUAAGGCUGGUUCAUCAACUUCAGAUUUACAAUCACCAACAUCAUCAUCAUCAUCACCAUCAUCAUCAACAGCAACAACAAACAAUCUAUCAUAUGAAAAAAUAAUAGCUCAAAAAAGUUUAGGUGAACUUGACCCUUUAAAUCUUGAAACUUAUUUAUCAAAUGCUGAUUUUAAAAAACUUUUUGGAGUUGAACGUUCAGAAUUUUUAAAAUUCCCAAAAUGGAAACAAAACCAAAAAAAGAAAGAUCUUAAGCUAUUGUAA